AUAAUGCAAAGCUUAUUAAAUCUAUAAGUAAUGAUCAGACAAAGACUAUAAAAAAUUUAACUAGUUCACAUGAGAAGAUCAUCAAAAAUCUAAGCAGUAAUCAUAAAGAAGUUAUCAAGAAUUUAAGCGAUAAUCAAACAAAGGUGGUGAUGGGGUUGAGUGGAAAUUAUGCUGAUAUUGUAAAAACUAUGAAUAAUAAUGAG